UGCUCAGGAUAUAUACCAGUAACUUUCCUUUCGUGACACGCUUGCCAGUGGUUAAAGAUUCGAGUUGAGAGACGGUAACACACAUGUACAUCUACAUCUAAAUACACAUUUACACAUACACGGUUAGAUAUAGAUGUAUAUAUAUAUAUUUAUUUAUAUAAAGUGUACGACUAAAUAAGCCAACUAACAUCUCACCUUUCGUGAUGACUUCAAGACUCAGACUUUUGAUUUUCAUGGCUGUUUUAGUUUUAGCAGUUGACGUUUACUCUAUAAAUGCUCAUCGUCCUCGUAGAUCCUUAGCUUUUCGUAAAGGCAGUACCUUUUUUUAUCGACUUAACUAUAAAAUAAAUUCUGUCGCAUGGACAACUAUUUUUGCCCAGGCUUCGGGCUUUAAAGUUUCUUGGCAUUUGCCUGAUGGGGCCAAGCAAAAACGUUCUGUUGACCAUUUACAUGAUGAUGUCAAAUUUUUAUACGACAGCCACGGUUUUAAUGGUCAAUCCUGCCUCGCCCGGAACAUUUGCGAAGCAAUGAGCUACGCGAACCGUAAGGACGGCGUUAUGGCGAAGAUAUUAAAAUUGUUAGCGCGAACAUCCAAUACCAAUUGUACUCACGACGAGGACUCAGUACUUGAGUGUCAGCAAUAUACAGAGGCUUGUCCCCUGCAAUUAAUUAGUAUCAAUGGCUUUCCUGAGUACUGAAGGGCUUUUAUCAAUAAGUGGAAAAUUUUUUAAAUUAAGCUGCUCUAUUUUACCACUGAGCUUAAAUAUUUUUAUAAUAUACUUGCUAAUACAUUCAUUACUCUUGUA